AUGGAUCCGAGACUAGAGGAAGCAGCUUAUGCGGGAGACCUCACUUUGUUGCGGCGUUUGCUACAAGAAGACCGGCUCCUGCUCCACAGGCAAGCCAUCGCCGCGGCUCACCUGUCGGACAGCCCCCUCCACAUCGCUGCAUCGCUCGGCCACUCCGACCUGGUCCGGGAGAUCCUCACCGUAAACCCGGAGCUCGCGCAUGGCCGCAACCGCGAAGGCCUUUCCGCCUUGCACCUGGCCGCUGCCCAAGGCCACUUAUCCGUGGUGAACGAGCUGCUGCAGUACGCAGCCGCUGCCAAUCUCUGCUUGGCGACCGACAACGAUGGCUUCAUGCCGGCCCACACUGCAGCCUUACGAGGCAGGCUUGAUGUAUUGACUGUGUUACUGGAUGCGUGCCCGGAGUCCGCGCGAGCUGUGACAUCGCAAGGUGACUCCAUCUUUCAUCUUACUGUGAAAUCAAACAGCUUCGAGACCGUGCAGUUCUUGCUGAACAGAACAGAUGAAAACGAUGAGCUGCUCAACUCCGGAGAUGCGAAAGGCAACACCGUCCUGCACCUUGCUGUGGCCAGAAAACAGCUCCAGGUAGGUAUUCCUGAUCCCGAAGGCAUCCCGUACAUCUUGAGACACAGCCUUGUCAUAGCAAAAAGAUACAAGUAUUUUGCAUUUCAUUCACGAAAAGCAAAUGGAAAUAGUAAGGAGCUACAUGUUCAAAUUAACUUCAGACACAAAUAA